GUUAAAAUAUAAUUUAUUGCGGCUGGCUAUAUAAGUAGGACAGUACGCACAUCGGUCUUCAAUUUUUCCAUUACCUUCCAAGUCCCAAAAAGACGCUAUGAACCAACAAAACAACUCAGAUUCCGGGCUUACUAGGCUCAAUGACCAACGUCGAGGUUUUAUCGUUGACGCUUGCCUCUCCAUCGUGGGGACCACAUGGACCGAGCUCGAAAGAGCCACCAGAGCGGAUGAGUUUCAUAGGUUGGGCGAACGCUUGUUGAACCGCAUCAUCAUCACAGUCGCUAGCUGUACGAUCCUAUCGACGACCGUCAUCCUGACUACACCGGGAGACCCAUCCGAUGCAUUGGUCGUCGGAAAGUUCUUUACUGGUUUCGGCGUCAUCUCUGGCGUGCUAAACUACGCACGCUUACGAGCUGUGAUGAGUUCCCGCGGUGCUCUAUGUGAUCUAUCCCAAUCACGCGUUUUCACCCGAUUUUUCAUGCAGCAGAUAUUCGCGUACAUUUCUUGCGUCGUUGCAUGUUCACUCACGCUGGCAAAUCUCUACACUACGCUGUGUUACACAGCGCAGUCUUGGGAAAUUGUUUUCCCCAUCCUUUUGGGAUUUGCUGCAGUUUUUUACGUAAUGCUUGACUUAACCUCGUGAUUGUGCAAUGUGAUUUUUGAU